GUCUGAUAUUAUACAUUGCCUUCCUGCAGGCCUCCUAGGCAACUAACUGCCUAAGGCUGCAAAGGGUUUCUGGCCCCCAAACGAAGUGGGUGAGCUGUGCACAGCCGCCUCACCGCAUGGCUAUGCAUGAGAUCUCCAACACAGGUUGACUAGCCCCCUCGGUGUGAAGCGCCAUCCCCCGCCGCUGUCAGAUAGAGGAGUUGAGGCUUUAAUACGCGACAGCUCGUCGCUCUCGCUCACCCUUAAAAUCGUAGUGGGAGGUCGAUGUAUGUACUAUGAGGUUUGCUUUGGCCCCCACUGUGCGGUGGGCAGGGGUUUGUAAGCGCACAAGGUAGCGCGCUUACGGGCGGGGUGAGCCGCUGCUAAAUGCGAACCACUCUGCCGUCAACAAUCCUAUCAAUAUGGGGGCUGACAGCCUCAGUGGAUCUGUCAUAAUAUUUGGACGACCGCUGCGACACUCUCAGCGUUGAUGCUCCAUGCUGCCUUGACCAUCAAAUGCCAUGUCUUCUUCCCUCGGCCCCCCUUCGCGCAUCGUGAAAGCUGUGGAUGUCAAUAUGUCUUCUCAUGGCAUCAAUGCUCUCGCAAACAAGGUCUUUCACACCCAUGCUGACUUCCGAGUCGAUUCGAUCGAGGAGAUAGCGCCAGCUACAGAACAAUAUGUAUCGCUUGACGCUCCGCUGCAACCAAGUAGCGUGAGCCCCAUAGAGGAUGCGGACAAGAAGCGUGCCGCACUCAUGCGCAUGUGGUGGGACGAGGCUAUGGCGAGACACAUGGUGCUCUCUGAGGGUUACUCUCAUGUCGCUGUACUGAUUAUCAAGUGGGCCGACUAUCUUGAUGACCUCAACACGAAGAGUGAGGCACAAGAACUUGAAAACAUCUUCCGUGACCGCUUUCGAUACGACACCGAAACCGUCGAACUCAACGUUAAGGGCAAGCCGCAGCUACAGCUCAAUAGUCGUGUCAGCGCCUUUGCCGAGAAGCAUAACGGACCGAACAAUCUCCUGAUCAUAUACUACACCGGACAUGGCGUUUGGCGCGAAGCUGAGAAGUAUCUCCAGCUGACUGCCGCGAUAAAUCCCGUUCGAGGGAAGGGGUUUCAGAAGGAUGCGCAUGCCAACUGGAACAGGGCCGAGCAGAUUUUGAAAGACGAUAUUCUGGAUUCCGAUGUUCUUACCAUCUUAGACACCUGCUAUUCGAGCAAUAUAGCAAAGUCAGCCAAACAAUCUAUCAGGAAGUUUGAGCUGCUGAGCGCUUGCCCGCACAACGAAACGACCUCGUCUCCCGGCGAUAGAUCCUUCACUCGCGUGUUGAUCGAUAAGCUUACGGAUCUCGCCAAUGAGUACAAUGACAGGCCAUUCUCCACGUUUCAUCUCAACCAGCUCAUUUGCAUGGACGAACGACGUCAUGACACCCCGUCUCAGCUUUGGUUCCGACUUCCUAACGAACAAAAUAUACUCCUGGCGCCGUUGAAGCCGAGAGCUGGACUGGCACCUCAAAAGCCACGGGUCCAGCUGGAGCCUAGAGGCUACCUUACGUUACGGUUCGCCCUGAAGGAAGAGAAACUCAGUCAACCGCAGAUUGAGUAUCUGGCGCAGAAGCUGUCAAAGGCGUUUGAGAACAAACAACUCAUCGGCCUGAGGAAAAUCGAUUGGAUCACCAUCAAGCCGGCCAAGAUAUCUCCAUUCGAACGUGUUGCAUUAGCCGCGUACGCUAUCACACAGUGGAAAAGGGCUGUGCAAAGAAGAAAAGAGAAUACACUUUUCCAACCGAUCGAAACUGGUUCGACCCCAAUGGAGGUGGACACAGACCGUAACUCGUCAGCUGCGUCACCUCCGCUCAAGCGCUUGCGAGAUGAGGACGACGAAACCAGAAUUACAAAGCGACAGAAUACCGACAGCUCCCAACCGCCUCCAUCGCCAGUGUCGAUUUCGUCGCGCGGUAAUGAUGAUCUGUAGGAUCAUUUUGGGUGUGUCGAAUACGUUUUGCUCAUGUGGUUGCAUUCCAUCGUUGUUAUAGCAUUUCAGGAUACCCGUAGCGACAGCUACUCGAGCAUUGUUGUUAUUUCUACUUACAUACUCAUUUUCUAGAGCGUUAGCAUCUAUAUCAGAAACUCGUCCAUUUGAUCAUCUUCGGCAAGAAAUUGAAA